AUGGUGGAUAAGGUGUUGACUAUUCCUUUGAGGAUCAAUCUUGUGAGUGAUGCAGUGAUUUGGAAGCACACAACAGAUGGGAUUUACUCUGUGAAAUUUGGAUAUCAUAUAGCUUUGUCUUUAAUAAAUGAUGUUGAAGCUUCUUCCUACACUUAUAAUGAAGCCUUAUGGAGAAAUAUAUCGAAGAAACAAGUUACACCAAAGUGUAUAAAUUUGGUGUGGAAAACAUGUAGAAAUAUACUACCUGUAAGAGAAAAUAUGAUAAGGAAGAUGCCACAAAUGGACCCAAUCUGUCCCUACUAUGGAGAAAUGGAGGAAACACUGAAGCGUCUCUUCUUACCAUGCUUGGAGGCCAAAUCUGUUUGGUUCGCUAGUCAGCUGAGUGGGAAGAUAACAACUGAAUCAAAUUUGCAAUUUAUUGCAUGGCUAAAUGGUUGUUUAUCUACAAAUGAUAUGUCUUUUUUUGGAGAAAUUAUUUGGCCUGUUGUGGUCUAUAUGGCAAAGGAGAAGUGA